UGUUUUUUUUUAAUGUCUGAACAGUGUAAUUGAUUAGGGGUUUUAUUCAUUGCAGGGAGUGAUUAGUGAACAAAAAAUUCAGCUUGUCAUUGGUGGCUGGUGGUCUUGCAGUGUACACUCUAGUAUUUGUAAUAGAAAUUGCAGAUGUCUCUGGUGUCUAAAUUGUUUCCACCAGAUUGGUGCCAGUAGUAUUAGUUAAGUAGUAUCACCCAGCUUUGCCUUCACCUCCCUUGCAGCUGACUUGAACCUCUGCUAUUGAAAAGGUAAUAAGGACCUUUUUCUUCACACACAUUAGUCAUUGCAUUGCUGCUGUUCCGGGUUUCAGUGCCCACACAGCCAUGCCUCUAAAGUAGGCACGCCAGACUGGCUGUUUUGUUAAUAUAUUAGCAGUCAACAUCCAACAGUCCUUUCACUGGCUAAAAAGUAGACGUGAAGCAGCUUUCCUUAAUUUUAUUUUCACCAGAGCCACCAAUGACUUGAAAAACAUCUUGUUUCCAUCUUAUGGAAUGAAAAAAUGUGACACAACUAAUGCUGUUACAUGUGAAUUAAUGAUGGGGAAAUGGCUUACUGAUGGAAAGGAAUUGUAUUAAUUUAAAUAUUGUAAAAUAAAUAUUUGAUUGUGAAGUAUAUUGUAAUCUAUUGAUGUCUCUUUUUUAGUUUAUUUAAAUGAUUGUCAAUUUAAAGGUAAAGAUUUAACAAAGAACCUCAAUGUUUUAAUUGAAAGAGUCCUUUGCUGACUGCCUGCCCCUAUUGCUGGCCAUGGUGUCCCCCCUUUCCAAGAGUGUGGUUUGACCAUUCUGGGCCCCUGGGCAGACCAAAAAAGGGAGCCAUUGUGAAUGAAGACCGCUUUUCCCAUUAGGCCCAGCCCGGGUGGUGAGGAUGCCAUGGGGUUAGGAGCAGAUGUGGGUUCAGCUCUUAUAGGUGGAUAUGGCCGGUGGGGAAGAGACAGAUAUGGUCCACCAAUAAGGACAGAUUAUCGACUCAUUGUUGAGAAUCUUUCUAGCCGCUGCAGCUGGCAGGACUUGAAGGACUACAUGAGGCAGGCAGGGGAGGUGACUUACGCAGACACGCACAAGGGCCGAAAGAAUGAGGGGGUGAUAGAGUUUAGGCUCUACUCUGACAUGAAGCGGGCCCUGGAGAAGCUUGACGGCACAGAGGUGAAUGGCAGGAAGAUCCGGCUUAUUGAGGACCGUCCUGGAGCCAAACGCAGACGCUCUUACUCUCGCAGUCGCAGCCGUUCCAGGUCCCGCUCCAGGAGUCACAGAUCCCACAAGAGUCGCAGCCGCAGUGAGAGCAGCAGUCGCAGCCGCUCCCAGUCCAGGGCUGCAUCCCGCUCCCGCAGCCGAUCACAUAGCAAGAAGAAUAAGGGUAAAGGAAAGAAAGAGGAAGAAGAACGCAGCAACGGUGCUCAAAAGAGUAAAGACCGCAGCAGGAGUCACAGUCCCAAAAGCAAAAAAGUCAAGAAAGACGGGAAGAAGAGCAAGAAGAAUUCCAGGUCCAGGUCUCGUUCCCGUUCCAGAUCUCGUUCAAGAUCAGAAAUUAAAGAUCGCUCUAGGAAGUCUGUUUCCAAACAGCCCAAAAGUGAUGACGAAGGAGGCGAGCCUGAGAGGGCCUCUCGCUCCCGCUCUCACUCCCCUGCUGAAUCUAAAUCCAGAGCUAGGUCUAAAUCCAAGUCCAAGUCCCGUUCCCCCUCACCUGCUAAAGCUCGCUCCAACUCCCGCUCUGCCUCACGGUCUGUGUCUCGCUCCAAGUCCCGUUCCCAGUCUCGUUCUCGCUCCCGUUCCCGCUCCUAGUUCAAAUUUCAGACCAUGGCGUAAACCUUAUCCUAGUGUCUCCCCUGUCCUUCGGUUACAUUCCCCAAACCCUACAACACUACCCUGCUUCCUGUUUUUGAUGAGUAGCUGUAGAAUACCUGGCAUUCAUGCUUCAUGUAUUUUUAUGCACAUACUAUGCGUCAUUUGACUUUUUCCAACAUUCUUCUGUAGAGUCUCACCUGGAGGGGUUUUGUAUAUCUCAGUUUUUAAGUUUAAAUGAUGGUGUGGUGUGUCUUUUUUUUUUUUUUCUUUUUAAUCGGUAGAAGGCAUAAUGUUGUCAGUAUGCUAAGUGGAAAUAUGUCCUAACAUCUCUCCACCUUUUGUGAAAUCCUUGUAUCAUUUUAUUUUCGAUUAAAAGAACUGCCUGUUCA